AUGACGAGAUUCCGGGCGUCGAUGGAGCUGGCAAUUGUCCAAGUCCAAGAUCACUCCGAGGUGCGAAUCGAAGAAACCGAGGGGUGCAUUCGCGAGAUGCACGAGGCCACCCAGCAAAAUGCACACGACUUUGAGUUGCUUCAAGCUAGACUGAACGGCCUGGAACGUUCGGUUGACAUGCGGUUUGCGGAGACUGGUGGCAAAGUAGACCAGCUCUGCGAGGUGAUGGAGGAGCAUGCUUCUGAUAUCGAGGAUCUGAAAGUCAAAAUGCAAGAAGCUUUCAAUUCACUCCAGAAGCUUGACCUCAGCAACAUGAAGGAAGAGAUGGAUGCAGCACUGCGGAGAAUGGAGCGGAGGCUCUUUGAUGAGAUGCAGGAAUUGUCUGCCGAGCUCCGAGAGAAGCAGGAGCAGACCCGCCAGGAGUUGGACAAGGUCGUUUCAAGGUUCCGCACGCAGUUGAACGAUCUCGUGGAAUCAGCCCUGGAAAACAUGCGCCACAGCCUGGGGCAGAAGGUUCUCAUGCUGGAUACCAAUGAUGAAAUGGUGGCAGCCGGCACAACAAAGCACUGCAUCUCAUGCUUUAAAGAUCGAUCCCAAUCUCCUGGCCGUGGUACGAUAGGAACCGAUGGGCAUGUGUACCAUCAUGCACAGGAGGCCAAAGAGGGUGAAGAUGCUGAGCCGCAGGAAAGGCCAACAUCGGCAAAGAGGUACGGCAUUGGCACUGCUGUUGCAGCACGCGAGUACUCCACCCGACUUGGGAGGCCGUGUCAACCACGUCCAGUAUCCAGCAGAGGGCGCCAUCCGGAGCGGUACGAUGUAAUGCUGGAGAAUUACUCCCGCAUGCUUGCGCGGGGCACCGAUAAGAGCAUCGGCAAGCUCGUCGGCAUUCUGCAGUGA